GCCUCAGUUGGUGUCAAGCCAUGACGGUGAGAGGCUUCGUUGUCGUUCGCUCCCCGACGUAUCCCGCCACAUCCGAUACCUGACGAGACUGGCUCCUCGUACGGCAGUUACCCUCAUUUAAAAACCCAGCCAAAUCUUUUAAAAAGGAGAAGCCGAAAUGGUCGAUGAAGAACAGUUUUCAUGGAUUGAUGAGAACUGACGUUUGUGGAUCAAAUAUAAAUAAAGUUUUUGAAAAAUAGAGAUCAUUAAGUACAGUGAAAGUGACUAGUGCAAAAUAAAACAAAGUAAACGAGAGGCAGUCUUUCUUUCGAUGGAACACCCGGUACCAUUUUCUAUAACUCAGAAAAUCCGCUAUGUUGCCCGGUAUGUAAGACGUCAGCCUUAAUGCUGAUUUUUCGGGAAAUAAGUGACAGAACGACUGAACGCCUUUAACAAAAGUGUUCUUUUUAUGAAAGUGCAGUUGUAGAUUAUCCAGGUGGAAUAAGAAUAUGUUGAUAAAUGUGGUUCUAGCGUGCAUAGUUGCUCUUUCUCUCAAAGAAAACGGAGCUUUCGCUCAGAGGCUGAGCGAAGGAGAUCCGUUGAACUCUACUGAUACCGACUCGGUCGCCGAUCCUGCUUUCUUCUCCGAUGCUCCAACCGUCGCUACUGCUUCUGCUACUUCUACCUCUACCACAGCAGGCAACAACGACACCACAGCGGAGGGGUUCCCCUUCGAGGUCGAGGUCUUUCGUCCCGCCUCUGGGAGGAAUGGCCUCCAAAUCUCUCCUCCUACCUCGGUGACGCAAACGGAGAAACUUCAGCUGACGUCCAAAGUCAAUGCCACCAAAAGGAAGAAGAAGAAGCACGAACGCUCGGCAAAUAAGCAUGAACCAAAUUACAUCGUCGUGGCGCCGCGGAUCGCACGCCCGUCCACCGUGUAUCGGGUGGUCGUGGGCGUCCUCUCUGGCCCCUCCCCGGUGGAUGUCACGGCGCAGUUGUCCUCUGCAAGCAGUGCCGAAACCACCAUAGCCCCAGGGGAAUCACGAGAGCUGCUUCUAAGGGUACCUGACAACCCAGACGACCGGGGCUACACGCUGAAGGUGGAAGGGAAGAGGGACAACGUCCUGGUCUUCAGGAACUCGACCUUCGUCUACACGGCGGAGUCCUUUCUGACGAUUAUCAUACAUCUGUCAAGGCCCAUCUUCACGGGUGACCAGGAAGUUGGGAUCCGGGUGAUUCUAUUGACAACGGAGUUAAUGCCCUACAACGAACGGAACAUCGAAGCCAACGUGCUGGAUCCGCGGGGUAACAUCGUCAAGAGAUGGGUGUCCAGGACUCCCCAGAUGGGUGUGGUGGAAUUGAAGUACCAAUUACCGGAAUUACCUGAGGGCGGCUGGUGGAAGGUUCGCAUUAGGGCUGGAUCACAGGUGGAGGAGAAGAAGUUCUUCGUCUAUAAAAUCUACGAGCCGUUAUACGAGGUAUUCGUCGAGAUGCCGUUCUACGGCCUGGCGACGGACGAGCAAAUCGAGGGCACCCUGACCGGAAGCUACGUCUCCGACAAGCCCAUCUACGGCAACGCGACCUUGACCUUAUACGCUAAGCAGCCUUGGUCGAGGCCGGACUCCGAGUUCAAGGAAGUUUCUUCCAUAUUCUUCGACUACGUGGACGUCGAAGAGGACUUCAGCUUCCCGAUGUCAUCCGUCCAGUCAGUCUUGGACCAGCUGGAAGGGGCAGAGGUCAUGGUGGAAGCAGUGUUCCACGACGUCUUCACCUGGAUUCGGGCCGAGGGUAAUUCCAGGAUGAGGAUCCUCAGUGGGCGUGUCCACCUGGAGGUGGUGGGGACAGAGCCCUUCGUCUUCCGGCCGGGGAUGCCCUUCCACGCAGUGCUGUCUGUGCGCUACGCCGACGGGGAGCCCCUGGACCCACAGAGUCUGUCUCUGUCGUCUGUGGUCAUCACAGCCACUGUGACCACCACAAAGGGCACGACUCUGACCCUGCCGCAGAUCAUCAUCCCAACGACGUCCAUGGACCAGCAAGGGCGUCUGGAGACCCUCCUGCAGAUGGGCGGAAAGGGCCAAGGGUGGGUGGACGAGGUGAAUGUGGCCGCCGACGAGGUGUGGGUAGGUUCGAGCCCCGUCUGGGUGGAGAAGGAGAUUGAAGAGUUGCUGGCUAACUAUAGCAGGGAGCAGUACUUCUCAGAGUACAGGCACAAGGGCAUUUUCAGAUUCCAUUUUGAAAUGCCUGAAGAUGCGUCUACCAUGCGCAUAGAUGUGGUCUACAGCGACUCCGAGCACCAGGCAGCCGCGGCUGCGCAUGCGUACUCGUAUUACUCUUCCAGGAACCAAUACAUCCAAGUCAGUUCGAGCACGGACGAGGCCAGAGUGGGAGAAUUUUCCGUCUUCCACGUCAGGAGUAAUUUCCGGGUGACCAAGUUCGUGUAUCUGAUCAUGUCGAAGGGCAUCCUGGUCCACUCCGCCCUGGAGGUCACCGAAAGGAAUGACGUGGUCACCAUCAGUGUACCCGUCAGCAACGCCAUGGCGCCCAGGUUCUCCAUCCUGGUGUACGUCGUGUCCGACCAAGGCGAAGUGAUCGCGGAUUCCAUGUCCUUGCCCGUGAGGGCUUUUGAGAAUAUGGAGAUCGAGAUGGUGACCAACCUACACAAGGACCACACCAAGAAGACCGUGGAGCUGGUCCUCACCUCACGCCCGGGCUCCUUUUAUUCCCUCACGUGUCAGAGAGCCCUGAACUUCUACAAGCAGCACCCCAACCAUCUUACCAAAGCUCGCAUCCUCGACCAGAUAUCCCGGCUGGAACCGGCGCCCAGGUCAGUCCACAGCGUCCUGCACAAAUCCCGAGAAGGAUCCUUCUCAGACGAACUCCUGUCCCUUCCAUCGCAAAGUUACGGAGCCGACGUCUCGGCGACUUUCCAGGAGGCCUAUCUGGUCGUCCUCACGGAUGCUGUCAUGCCCCUCACUCCAGGAAAAGUCCAGAGGUGCAAUUUAACGAUGGGGCAGCUGGAUUGCGGAGAUGGUGGAUGCUUCUACUAUGAUCAGCAGUGUGAUGGUAUCUACCACUGCAAGAACAAGGUGGAUGAGCUUGGCUGUACGAGAAUGUACGAAGAUUUUCCAAGAGAUCACGACGUACAGGAAGAUCCGCUGGAGCUGAGUUCAGACACGCUCUUCCGCCUCCUUCGCGCCAACUUCGUGAUGGAUUCCUUCGACCCAGACGACGUGGAAUGGUGCAACACCGUCUACUGGAUCGGGCACAAGGGACACGAAGUGAUAACUCGAGAGAUUGCCAAAACUGCAGAGAACUGGAUGAUUGAGGCGUAUGCAGUUCACGACGAAUAUGGACUGACCUUCACUUCGAAAGCAACUGUGUUCAACGGAGAUCCUCCAUUCUACAUCCUGGCCGAAGGUCCUUCUGUGUGCAGGAGAGGCGAACAGGUAUCGAUUCGCGUGAUGGUGUUCAACCUGAUGGAGACGACCAUCCAAGCGAUGCUGCUCAUCCACGACAGUCCGGACUACCACUUCAUCCACGUGGAGACUGGAGGCCGAGUCCAGCACUACAGUCCGAGGACUUCGUCUGGGCAACACCAUCACCUCCUCUUUAUUGAAGGUCACGGAGCUGAGGAGGUCAUGAUCCCAGUGGCCAUCAAGAAGCAGUCGGGCACAGUGGAGGUCACCAUCGACGCGAUAUCCCAGAUGCGACAAGACUCGGAAACGUGGGAGAUUGAGGUUAUGCCAGAGGGCGUGCCGGUACGUAAACACACCUCUCUGAUGCUGGACCUCGAAAACCGUGCCAUGGUGUACGAAUUCCUGGACGUGAUCGUGGAAGAGAGUCCUAUCAUCCCCUUCAGCAUCCUCAGGAGGUUCAUCUCGGGUUCUCCUGCAGGAAAGAUCUCUGUCUCAGGAGGCGUGUUCGGUCCCCUUUCUGAGGACUUCUCCGUGGACCACGCAGACGUGUUCGGAGGGCGGCACCUGAGGAGUACGGACGGUGUGGCCUUCAACUUCGGGGCGACUCUGUGGUCUCUGCAUUAUCUCAGGCUGACCAAUAAUCUUGACAUUCGCGAGGCUUAUCCAGCCUUCGAACACCUAACGGUCCAGUUAGCUGCACUGCUUUGGCGAACCAAACAAGGUGGUUUCUGUAUGUGGUCCAGCUCGGAACCUAGAGUCUGGCUUACAGCAAAGGUGGUCAGCCUGCUAAAUGAUGCCCAACACGAGGAUUGGGAGAAUCAACUCUAUAUAGACCCCAAAAUUAUCAAGAAGUCAGUUGGGUUCAUGCUCAAAUAUCAGUCAAGUGACGGUGGGUUCCAUGAGAUGGGAGACAUGUACCUUGAUAGCAAGGCAAAGAAAACUGGGGCAACUUCCUCCAUUCCUUUAACAGCUCUAGUUGUACUUGCCCUUCAUAGCAGCCUGCCCUCACUUCAGGGAGACAUGCACACAAGGGCCCGCAAUGCACGUCAACUAACCACCAAGUUCUUGGAAAAGGAAGUGACACACUUGAGUGACUGUUAUCACUUGGCCCUCGCUGCAUAUGCCCUGAUUUCUGUUGGCAGUGUAACAGGAGAUAAGGCUGCUGGUUUGCUCCUCAAGAAGAGGAAAGAUUUUGGUGAUAUGUCCUACUGGUCUCUUCUCCCAAUCAAUGUGCAUGGCCGCCGUCGGGAAAACAAUCAGAGAGCUUUCUUGCUUCCAAAGGAACCAGAGCAGUAUGAUGCACAUGCUGUAGAAGCUACAAGCUAUGCACUCCUGUUUUUCCUGAAACGAGAAGGCAUCACGGAAAACACUGAGAGGAUCAUGCGCUGGCUCAAUGCCGUUAGAGACUGGGAGUCUGCUUUCAUAUCAACUAGUGACUCCGUAGUAGCAAUGCAAGCCCUCGCAGAGUAUGCUUUCAGAGCCAGGAUACAAGAUGUUAUGAACAUGGAAUGCACAUUUGAAGUCACAGCACAACCAAUGACUCCAUUCCAUGUGACAAUCACAAACGCAACUCCAGUAGCUACUCAUAAUUUCAGGCUGGAAAAUGUCUGGGGUCAUGUGAACCUUGUGGCAAAGGGCUCAGGCCAGGCAGUUGUGCAGCUAGAUGUAUCAUAUGGUGUGGAUGUCCUCAGAUUCAUUGAACAGCCACACAAAAAGUAUUUUGAUCUCAGUGUCACAGAGGAGUAUCAUCAGUUCAGGAAUAAAUCACUCAUAACGACAACUGUUUGUGCCAAGUGGGUUGCAACAGGUGAUGGAAACACAAGCCAUGCUGCAAUGGUAGAGGUUGAGAACCCAACAGGAUACAUUUUCUACCAGCCUUUGGCUGAGAAGACAGUCGUCGACGUCAGAAAUAAAAGCUUCCCUCAGUUACGGAAUGUUCACACAACGCAGACUCGAGUCUUCUGGCAGUUUGAAUAUAUUCCAUCUCACAGACAAUGCUUCACCUAUGAAAUACAGCGGUGGUAUCCCACGGCAAAUCUGACUCGUGUCCGGUCAGCUCAAGUGCUGGAACUCUUUGCUCCAGAACACUUUGAGAUGGUUAUGAUCAAUGCUACACCACUGUCACUCCUGGACAUUUGUGAAGUGUGUGGAUCUUACCAGUGCCCAUACUGUCCUACAUACAGCGCUUCAUUUUCCAUACACUGUUCUAACCUUAUGACGUUCAUAACCUUAAUGGUCAUGUGCUGGAUAUGCAUGUUUCCUAUGUAAGUUAAGUUUUGGUAGUCAUUGGUUAGAGAAUCAUGUCAUGCCAUUUGUCUAGACAAAUCUGUACAGUAUUGUGCUGUAAUGCUCGGUUCGAAACCAGCAUCAGUAUUCAGCAUAGUCAUACUCUGGUAAGCUGUGGACCGGCUUGCAACAAAGUCAUUUAGAUUUACAGUACUCCAGCGAGUACGGAACUUUUCCAGGAUGGUGUUUAGUCUUUCAUUGACAUUACUUCCAAAUACCUUUCCCAGGAUGGAGUGUUGUCUUUCAGUGGUGCCACUUCCAGAUAUCCUUUGAGAAUUCUGAUCUGUAAUACUAGUUUCAGGUCACGUAACUAGUUUAAGAUUCCAAACGAACAACAUAGGUGCUCAAAUUUAUAAUCAAAGUAUUUCAUUGUAAAUUUUUUUUUUUUCUUAAUUAACAUCUUUACAGAAUAGAUGGAAGUGAGCAUGCCUAUACUGAUGAAAUUUGUAAAGCAAUCAUUAUACAAAAACAAGGGGUGUCAUCUAUGCAUUAUAUUGUUUCAUGACAAUACUUACUGCUAGACAUUCAUCAAAAUACUGAUAUGACAUACAGUGUAUUAUAAAGCUUGCUUGCAGUUAUAUCUUGCCAUGUUGAAAGCCAAAAAUGAUAAUUUUGAUAAAAAGUGUCAGUUGGUGGAAUGUGAACUCAUUUUGUAGUCGUGCUUGGGAGACAGAAGUAGCCUCAACAUUAUUCUUUAUUUGUUGAAGGUACUGUAAGGAGUAACUUUUCCAGGGUUAUGCCAAUGAACCAUGACAGCAUUAUGCCAAAUAACUUGAUCAUUCCCCAUUAAUUUGUAUGUGGGGUCUAGGCAUGACCCAGACCCAACUUCCUGCAAACUUUUUAUAGUAAGAUGCACAAGCUUCAAAGAUGCACUAUUUUUCUUAAUGGUAAUUCUUAGACAAAACUGAAACAACACAGUAUUUGGACUCUGUGAUUAGUUAAAGGGACCUGCUUUAAAUACAUAUAUUUUUUCUUUUAGGUGAAGGAAGACAUCCUUGCCAUUAUAGGAAAGUUCAGAUAAUCUUGAAGCCAUAUUUUUAUGAUUAUGAUCUAGAAGCCACCUAAUUCUGGUGGCCAUAAAUGGUGAUAAAGUAUACAGAAAAUGUGUGAUUUGGGUGGUUUGUGCAGUGUAUAAAAACAGGUUUAUUGAUGGUAACUUGUUUCAUUUAAUGAUUAAUUUUUUAAAAUGAAACACUGUCAUGACUUACCUGCCUGCAUGAAUAUCACAACUUAGUUAACUUGGAAAGAGCCAUGUUCUUUCUCUUUUUACCAGAUCCACACUACACAAAAAUUCCUUCAUAUACCAGGAAACACAAUUUCAAAAUAAAAACUCCCCAUCAUCAAUUUUAUGUUCCUAUAAACUGCAAAAUGCAAUCACUCCCAUCUUCAGUUCUCAAACUAAUACAGUAUUAGAUUAUCAUAUCCAACUUCAGUGACAGCCAAAUAAGGGGUCUCCAACUUAAACUCAAGGUUAGAACAUAUCGACAGCUACUCAAAGAAGACUUUCUUAUAGAAAAAAAAUGCAUUACAAUCUGGUAUAGAUACACUGUAAUACUAUUACCAUAGAGACAGACAGAUUAAUAUCACAAAAUAGUAGGAAGAUGUAUAUAUCAAAUUGUGCUACAGUUACUGAAGUGAAGACAUUUACAAAUGCUUUAGUAUCUUACUUAGCAGACACUUCUGGAAAGUGUUCAAAGCUGUUGCUUCUAAGUUCUUUCAUAAUGAAUGACGUAUGUGUGCAGUUAUUUACAUACAUACACAGUACAAGCAAUCCCCAUUAAUCUGCUGAAGUUAUGACAAUGAAGCAUAAUACAGGUGUUCAAUUACCUUGUUCAUUUAGACUUUCUGCCUUUAUGUAUUCUGUAUAUAGUAAUGAAUGAUUAAUUGAUGUAUUAACACCUUGACAGAUGUACUUCAAGUAUGAGGGCACAUUGGAAAUUUGAUUUUUCCAACAUCUUGAUAAUAUUCACAGGUUUGCUAAAUCUACUGUUCAGUGAUGAUUUUUUUCCAGCAGUCACCUGUAUGUACAUAUACUGUAUAUGUGAAUGUAAAACUGACAUAAAAACAUUUAUAAUGAUGACAAGAUGAAAUAUCACACUACUACCAGCAAUGCAUUAAGAUGUUACCAUAUAAUGCCUUCAGCCUUUAAAAUGGGACAUUUUGUUUAUUCUACCUGCAGAAGACAAAAGAGACUACAGUUGUAACACCUCCUUCUAAGUCCUUAAAAAUGAAAGAGAAAAAAAAUAUUCAACCGAAAACAAAAUCCAACUGAAACAGUCUCACCAACAAGUCACAAUUACUAUAAGAGAUCAGGAAAAUAUUCAACCCCAGUUCAUCAUAGAACACAAGUCUUUCAAAUCACCUAGAAUAGAAAAGACGAGUACAUAAAACAGCAUGUGAAAGUUUUUAAGCACUCAUAGUUUGCAUUCACCACAAAUGACAUUAGUGCACAUCUCGGGGAGACGUGAAUAGGUACAAGUUUUUGAGCAGUUGCUUGAUACAAUGUGUGCAAACUUGCUCAAGUUUGUGUGUGAUAACAAAGAAUUUCUGGAAACAGCCAUCAGAAAAUUAGCAAUUUCCUAAUCAGAAAUAAAAAAAAAAAUAAGCUAAACUGCAGCACUUAAGUGUUUUGAUCAUUUACUGCAGGUAGAUAAUUCAGGAAUUACCUUCUUCAGUUCCUGGGUAAGCAGAGACAUUCAGUGAAUAAUGUUUGCUGAAUAUAAUUAAGUGUAUGCUGUGUAAAACACUGUAGUUAAAAUGUGUUAUGACGAUGGAUUUGGUAUCAUAAAAUGAUCCAGAUUUGCAUUGUACACUUUGUUUGUUGAAUUAGCCAUCAUAUUACUGAUUACAUAGGUAGUGGAGGUAUUUUAUUUACCGUACAGUCACAAAGUAGGCAUAUUUGGAUAUGCGUUCUACCAAUGAUAUAGAAUUUAUGUUUAGCGUACAAGUACAUAGAGUACCUAUUCUGUCAAACUCCUGUAGAUUACUUGGUUUAGUCAACACCUUUGCUUUUUAUAUACAUAUAUGUUUAGAAGCUUAUUGCAUUCCGACUUCAGAAAGUAGUGAGCAUUGCUGUUCUUAGCACAACAUGACUGAAGUUGGUGACAUUUCUUGAUCUAAUGAAAGUUUCUUUUUCAGAUAAUUAUGUUCCAUAAAUACAGUCCUCUAUUUUUACAUGUCUUGACAUCCUGUAGGGCAGAACCACCAAGAGCAGAGUAUGCUAUCUGCUUCAAUUAUUGUAGGGGGAUUCCCAUGUCUCACUUAAAGAACUUGACUAACUCGGGGCAUUUAAAGUCAUUCAGGCCUUGGUGGUUCUGCCUUCCUAGGCAUUAAAUCACAAGUAAAAAUGAAGAGGUUGUGUGUUGCAUCGACAUAUUUUAAGUUUCUGAACCUUGUGUGUCUGAGUGUGUAUAUAUAUACUGUGUAUAUAGUACAUACAUAAAUAUAAUGAAUAUAUGAAAUGUUGAAUGCUGUGAUGUUGUUAUAUUGUAUAUGAUUAAAGGUUUACAAAUUGUG